CAGAGGUACGGCUCACGGAGUAGGGGUAAAUCAGUCCCAGGCUCCUGCUCUGCGUGAACCUAGGAUGCAGACCUCUCCCGGAUUCCCGGAGCUCUCCGAGAUCCAGCCCUCACCGCCCUGCAGACGAAAGGGACUCGCUAGGUUGGGAAAUGCUGCCUGGGGCGGUUGCAAAGACAGGGCGUUGUAAAUAUCUUUAAGGAUAGCGGAGUUAUAGAACCUUCCCUCCGGCCUCUUUCUUCCCAUCCUCUGCUCCUAACAUUUUACAAGUUGUCUGCAAGGGAGUCAAACACGGGUCAGGCAAACAAACGUGUUCUUUCCAGCCACCGUAACCGGAUCGCUGGAACGAAACAAACUCCCAGAAGCGUCCACAGACCGCAGCCAGACAACCAGCCUGGGCUAAAAGCAACUUCGAAGUGAGGCUGCAAGCGCUGCUGGGGUGCACAUUUUAUUUGGUGGCUAAGCACAGUUAGGAUACCCCACCUCCCGAAACAACAACAACAAAAAGCCUGCAGGAGGGAGGCAGGGAGGAGGAAACAAAAGUUGCCCGCAUUUUUGCACCGCGGCAACACUAGUUAGAAAGCCCUGCAGCUUUGGGAGACGGAGGGAGAGUUAGCAGAGCCAGGAGCCGCGGUUUCAGGGAGAGGGUAGGGAGGGGGUGGGGGCCUUCGCCCAUCUCCCCUCGGAGCCCAACAGCUGUCUAGCUCUUGGAAUUCAUUGGCUUCCCCCCACCGCGCCUCCCAAAUACCACCCCAAUCCAGUUUAGCCCCCCGCCCCACCCUCACUGACCUAAUAAGGCCAUGCAGUGUGUGGGGGACCUAUAUAAAAGGCGCGGGCUCGCGGGGACUCUGCACGACGCCGGGGAGAGAAGUCAGCUGCGGUCCAGUGCCCACAAAGACGACCAUGGCGAAGGAGUGGGGCUACGCCAGCCACAACGGUCCUGACCACUGGCAUGAACUUUAUCCAAUUGCCAAGGGAGACAACCAGUCGCCCAUCGAACUGCAUACUAAAGACAUCAGGCACGACCCUUCUCUGCUGCCAUGGUCAGCAUCUUAUGAUCCUGGCUCUUGCAAGACCAUCUUGAACAACGGCAAGACCUGCAGGGUUGUGUUUGAUGAUACUUACGAUAGGUCAAUGCUGAGGGGUGGUCCUCUCACUGGACCCUACCGGCUUCGUCAAUUUCAUCUUCACUGGGGCACCUCGGAUGACCACGGCUCCGAGCACUCUGUGGAUGGAGUCAAGUAUGCUGCGGAGCUUCAUUUGGUUCACUGGAAUCCAAAGUAUAACACUUUUGGAGAAGCUCUCAAGCAGCCUGAUGGGAUAGCUGUGGUUGGCAUUUUUCUGAAGAUAGGACGUGAGAAAGGCGAAUUCCAGCUGUUCCUUGACGCACUGGACAAAGUUAAGACAAAGGGCAAGGAGGCUCCCUUCACAAAUUUCGACCCGUCCUGCCUGUUCCCCGCCUGCCGGGACUACUGGACCUACCACGGCUCCUUCACCACGCCGCCCUGUGAGGAGUGCAUUGUGUGGCUCCUGCUGAAGGAGCCUAUGACCGUGAGCUCUGACCAGAUGGCAAAGCUGAGGAGCCUCUUCUCCAGCGCUGAGAAUGAGCCCCCAGUGCCCCUGGUGGGGAAUUGGCGCCCUCCACAGCCUAUCAAGGGCAGGGUGGUGAGAGCCUCCUUCAAAUGAGGCUGCUGGAGCUUGCCCUCUUCAGGAAAGGAAACCUGCCAUUGGAGAGCUUGGUUCCUUGUCUCCUUUUGGUGCUCCUUACUCCAAGUAUAUUUCAGUUUUCCACACUCAUAGAGCAAUGAAUACAAGAGUGUAAUACCAAGAAACCAGCUCCUUUGACAAGAUGUAACAUGAACGCAUUUGGCCUUUGUAAUAGUCAUCUUUCCUAUGAAAGUAGCAUUUCUAGUAAGGUUUCAAAGAAGAAGAAACAGGUGGAGGAGUAAAGAUCUGGAAAAAUGGGUAUUUGACACUAUUUUUCUGUCAUCUUAAAUUUCACAGAACUUCAGUUUUACUAUUGUCAUAUUGUGAGUUGUCCAUCUUAAAGAAGUAAGGAGUAAUUCUAUAUGUAGGAGUAGAUGUGUAUGAGGAUCACAUAGCAACUAAGCAUAAGCCAGAAAUUAAAACUACUAUGGACGCAAACAAUUGAAAUGAUGCCUUUUAAACCUUAAAUAAAACCAACAAGAGGUCCAUCAUUUAUUACAGUUUUAGCUGCUGUAAAGAUUAUCUGGUUUUGAAUAUCAAUGAAAGGAAAACACAUUCAA